AUGGCUACGACCUACGGCAUGCCUCCUUACCAGAACAACACUCAUCUGCCACCCAUCAACUACUCGCAGCUCCCUCCUGCGGGUCAAAACUACAUGCAGCAACAGUACCGCAACGAUCUGCCUCGCUACACCUCUGCACCUUCAACUGCCCCGGUGCCCUCGCCUGCACCCGACAAUCGAUACGCCUCACAGAUGAACCCUCAGGGAUCCAUGAGUGGUUUGCCGCCGACUUCCAUGCUGCCAUCCCCUCAUCAACAGCCGCAACAGCCUCCCCAGCAACAACCCCCCCAGCAACACCAGGGCUAUCCUCAACAGCCGCCGCCUCGUCAGAACUACCCGCAGCCACUUGCUCCGGCACCGCCACGCCCAAAUAUCGAUGCUCUUGGACAAGGGUACCCUCAACCUGACAACCGCGGACAACCUUGGACCGGUGCAGAGUCGAUGCCCGGCAUGACGAGUGAUGUAGGGCGCGAUCCAACGAGAACUCAUGUGGUCGGUUCGCAAGGCAGAAGAGGCAUCUUGCCCAGUGCGCCUGGCCGGCCUCCGGUCAUGGCAAACGGCGUCAACGGUUCUACAAAGAGCAACGCUGUCCCUCAGAAAGAUGCCGACGGCAAAUUUCCGUGCCCCAACUGCACCAAAACCUACCUCCAUGCUAAGCAUCUCAAGCGUCACAUGCUGAGACACACGGGUGACCGACCGUACAUGUGCGUCCUUUGCAACGAUACUUUCAGUCGAAGUGAUAUCCUGAAGCGACACUUUCAAAAAUGUUCCGUCCGUCGUGGCAACCCCACCGGGGCCAGUCACUUAUCCAACCCUGCCGCCCAUCUCAAAAAGUCCCAGCAAGCUGCUGCGAAAGCUGCUGCCGCCGCCGGACAAAACAACUCACCAGCCAACGCUUCUACCCCCACUAGUGGCGUCAUGGCGAACCCUCCUUACACUACUGCCACUAUGCCGAGCACGUCUGCGCCUACCACGACUGCUUCUGCGCCUGGAAUGGCUUAUGGAAUGGGUGCCAACGGUCAAGGUGAUAUGCAACGUCAGGGACAAGCCAUGCAGGCGGGUGCUGCGCCUGGCGGUAUGGAUCCCAAUGGCCACGCCUCGUGGCAGAUGCAUGAUGCUAGAGGCAAUCAGCUGAUGUACCAGUCGACUUCUACAAAUCCUAAUCACUACGGCAUGCAGCCCGGUGGAGGGGACGACAAGCGCAACGUUAUGCCUGGCGCUCAUCACAUGGGAGACGAAUGGAAUCACAUGUUCCCUCCCGGGGGCAACGAGGGCUACAUGAACCCCAUGUUUGGUGGAUAUGAUCAGUCACAGGGUGACGUGAAAAAGGAGUAUGAAUCUCAUGAAGGUGGAUCGAAUGGUUACUACAUUCCUUCUACGAGCCUUGGAGCUGACGGUACGCUUGGACCCCCUCUCUGGAACCUGCAUGCAUAUCAGCAAGACUUGUUGCAAGCCAAAGUGAACGCCUUAUUAACGUUUGUCUUCCCUGGGGGAAUACAGGAAUCGCUCCAAGAGCAGCAAAAUAACCUCAAUUUGCAAGCAUACCUGACCGUCGACGCAAUCCAACACUUUCUCGAUCUUUUCCCAAAUUUCCAAGGCCAUUUCCCAUGGCUGCACAUACCAACUUUUGAUUUCCUUACCGCCUACGACGGCCUCGCCCUUGUCAUUAUCUGCACUGGAGCUGUAUAUUCGGAUCGUAUUUCACAAGAUCAGGUGCGGGUCUUGAUGCAGCGCGUCAAAGAAGGCGUUGAACGGACCUCGAGCAUUCUCAAAAAUUUGGAGCACGGCAUACCGUAUUCGCAGUUUUCAGCAUCCGGCAUCGAAUAUCAAGAGCUUCUGGCGCUGACGAUCUUGCAAACCCUUGUCGUCUGGCAUGGCGGCCCUGACGAGCGCGCUUUGGCACGGGCUGAAAGCAAGAGAAUCAUGUACCUGGUGCGAACGUUUGACUUGUUGACCUUGGCCGGGCCUGAUGAUCCCAUCGGCUACAGCUAUCUUCACAGUCUACAGCCAGGUGACGAAGCCGACCCUUCUCGCUGGGACUGGCGCUCAUGGGUCGAACAGGAGAAGCGUUCCAGGUUGAUGUUUUCGGUAUUCUUGUGGGACGCUGCCAUGUGCAUGUACUUCAAUGUUCCCCCUCAAUUCUCCUCGGCUGAGAUCAAACUUCCCCUGCCUUGCGAUGAUGCUGCAUGGGAAGCCCAGGAUGCUGAGACUUGUGCUCAGGCGCUUGGUCUCCGAGGCCCUGCGGCACAAUCGCGGAUCAACGUGACGGGAUCUCACCGGUUAAAGCAGCUGGAGAUGCACCAUGCGAUGAGUGCCUUGCAUAGUACGUCAGUACUCAUGCAUCCUCGAACCACCAACAUCUAUUCCAAAUUCAUCCUUAUUCACGCACUUCAUUCGGAAAUUUGGCAAGUUCAACGUCAGCGUUCGUUCGGCAGCCCCGGGGCCUCUCCGUCAAGUAACAGUUCUCUGGAGCAGACAACUAAUAUGUACAACUCUCUCAAUAUGGCUUUGGCUCGGUGGAAACAGUCUUGGGACGCAGAUUUGCCCAUUCAGUACCCUGCAUCCGAUGGAUACUCCGAAGCCCCCAAGCGUAUCGGAUUCUGCCGUGAUGGGGUCCAUUUUUACUGGCUUGCUCGAGCAUUUCUACAACCUGAUCGUCUUCAUGACUGGCAAUUACCUCCAGAUACCCGCUUACAGCAGGCUCUUCAGGGACUCAAACAAGCUCGCGAAUGGGGUCGAACAGACGGUGCUCGGAGGGGCGAGGAACCUGGAAGUGUUGCAUAUAUCGACGAGAAUUACGCUGCAGCAUCAGAAGUCCUCGACAUGAGAGGCUUAUUUCGACCUCUGGCAAUGAUCUCUGACGAGCCGGCAGCUUUCGCAUAA